AUGAAGGCACAGGAAACUUCUAGCAGUCUGGUCUGCUACACAUUCAUUACUACAGUUAAUGAGCUGAUGGACACAGAGAUGAAGAGAAACGAUGUGAGUGAAGUUGACAUCUCUGUACAAGACAAUAUCACCAAUAAAAUGGAGGAUUUUGAAGAAAAGCUUUCAUCACAAGAACAUCAUGAGGAUAGCAGCAACGGUGAGGACGAUGAGGAUGCUGAUGAUGAUGAUGAUGAUGGUGAUGGUGAUGAAGAGGAGGGAGACCAGCACUUGGAUGAAGACACUGCAUUUGAAAAUGAGACUGGUGCAGAGGCAGAUGUUGACAAUGGUGACGCGACUACAACCAAACAGAAGAAGCCAAAGUUAGGAGUCAAUCCGGGGAAAAAGAUGCUUCCAGGAAUUAUUUACCUGGGACACAUUCCCCCCAGACUCAAGCCCAAACAUCUGAGGAAUUUGUUGUCAGUCUAUGGAGAGAUUGGGCGCAUUUUUCUUCAACCAGAAGAUAGGACUGUUCGCAAGAAGAAAAAGAAGUCAGGUCUGCGUCGCUGUGACUUCACUGAGGGCUGGGUGGAGUUCAGAAACAAACGUGUUGCAAAAAAAGUGGCUGCGUCUCUUCAUAACACUCCGAUGGGGACUAGAAAAAGGCAGCGCUUUGCCUCUGACCUGUGGUCCAUCAAGUACCUGCAUCGUUUCCAGUGGACUCAUCUGAGCGAGCGUUUGGCCUAUGAACAGACAGUACUUCAGCAGAGACUCAGAACUGAAGUGUCUCAGGUCAAAAGAGAAACUAACUUUUACCUCAGCAACGUGGAUAAGGCAGAGAGGAUGGAACGCCAGAGGAAGAAGAGACAGAGGGAUGGACAACAGGAGGAGGAGAGAACGUGGGACUUCACUCAGCGUCAAACUGAAGAGGAAAUUCAGAACCGAAAGAAGAGGAAAAAUAAGGACUCAUUUUCACAGAAACAAACGGACAAUGGUGGAGGAUGUGUAGGGCGCACCGGGGGCGGGGCACAGCGGCAACAUGGCUGCAGAUUACUGGGAGCCUCAGGGAGAAGAGCCGCUGUCACACUGAACCGAGCCAAAGACCCGAGCGGCCGGACUGGGACCAAUCUCCCCGGUGUGCAGUCCGGCCUGGCUGCCCCUCCCUCCUCCUCAGCACGGCCCCCCCUGCCCCCCCUCAUGGAGCGGGUGAGGAAGAUCAAGCGGCAGCUCUCACUCACUCUGGGGAGGGGCGGGGCUGGGGGUGGAGACAGGACACUUACUGAGGUGAACCAGGAUGUAACGUCUCACAGCGAUUCAGAGGUGGGCUCAAUGCGCUCCUCUUCGGGUGCCAGGGGGCUUGGUGGCAGUGGAGGGGGCGGAACCAGCUCGUCCUCAGCUGUGAAGGGGCGUGGCAAUGCAGGGGGCGGGGCCAGCUCCUCAGGUGGGAAGGUGCAGGCUCUGCUUCAGUCGUACAGCAGCUCUCUGAGGAGACCGCGAGGACUGGGGAGAAGUCUGAGCUCCUACCUCAACCACACCACACGGCUCGAAAUAGUCCAUGAGGAUGUGAAGAUGAGCUCAGAUGGAGAGAGCGACCCGGUGUCUUCUGCUGACGAGGUCCAGCAGAGUCCAGUCCGAGUGCGCCUCAGGAACAAGAAGAUCUCCAGAGAGGACAUAAACAAGCGCCUCUCUCUUCCGGCCGACAUUCGUCUUCCUGAUGGCUACCUGGAGAAGUUCAGUAUGAUUGGUCCGGGACUAUUUGAUCAACCAAUCAGCAGGCGGCUCCGCAGAGUCUCACUGUCAGAAAUAGGUUUUGGGAAACUGGAGACUUACAUUAAACUGGACAAACUGGGAGAGGGAACUUAUGCCACUGUGUACAAAGGGAGGAGCAAACUGACUGAGAACCUGGUGGCUUUGAAGGAAAUACGUCUGGAGCACGAGGAAGGAGCUCCCUGCACUGCGAUCAGAGAAGUCUCUCUUCUGAAGGAUCUCAAACACGCCAACAUCGUCACACUCCACGACAUCAUCCACACCCAGAAAUCCCUGACCCUCGUAUUUGAGUAUUUGGAUAAAGACCUGAAGCAGUACUUGGACGAUUGCGGAAACUCCAUCCAUGUCCAUAAUGUCAAACUCUUCCUGUUCCAGCUGCUCAGAGGCCUCUCCUACUGCCAUCACAGAAAAGUCCUGCACAGGGAUUUAAAACCACAAAACCUGCUAAUCAACGACAAAGGGGAGCUCAAACUCGCAGACUUUGGUUUGGCGCGAGCAAAGUCUAUUCCCACUAAAACAUACUCUAAUGAAGUGGUGACGCUCUGGUACAGGCCUCCGGACAUUCUGCUGGGAAGCACCGACUACUCCACUCACAUCGACAUGUGGGGUGUGGGCUGUAUCUUUUAUGAGAUGGCCACUGGACGACCUCUGUUCCCUGGAUCCACAGUGGAGGAGGAGCUGCACUUCAUAUUCAAACUAUUAGGGACGCCCACGGAGCAGAGCUGGCCUGGGAUCAGCGCUAACGACGAGUUUGUAGCCUAUAACUAUCCACAGUACAGAGGAGAGCGGCUCAGCAACCACACGCCCAGACUGAGCAGCGAUGGAGUGGAGCUUUUGUCUAAAUUCCUACAGUUCCAGGGGAAGAGGCGCGUUUCAGCCGACGAGGCCAUGAGUCACUCGUACUUCAGCGCGCUCGGGCGGAAGGUGCUCACGCUGCCCGACACAACGUCGAUCUUCAGUAUCACAGAAAUCCAGUUGGAGAAAGAGUUGAUACGACCGCCCGCUUCAGUGGAACCAGUGGGCCAGGUCAGCCCCUCUCAUCGCCGCAGUCUCCUCUUCUGA